CCUGAGGCCAAGCAGAGGCUGGGGUGCAGCAGGGGGCAGGGCCUCCAGAGGCUGCUUCCACGUCCUUGGCCAGGCCACUAGACCAUGCCCCGGCGCAGGACGCAGUCCGCUGGCUUCCCGAGCCCAAGUUCGGCCGCGCGGGUGCUGCGGCGGGCGCGGGCCGCCGCCUGGGACAAGCGCCGAGGCCGGAGGGAGCUAGGAGCGCCCGCGUCCGUGCGUCCACAGCCACCGCGCCGGCCCUGCGCUCAUCGCCACGCACAAAGACAAAAGGGAGCGGGCAGCCAGCGAGGGGGCGAGUGGAGGCGCCGCCGGCCCGCGUCCGCCGCCCGCCGCCGCGGCCCGCCUGCCAGCGCCGGGAAGGAAGGGCCGCGAGGGCGGGCCCCGCAGGCGGGGGCCGGGGCGGGGCCGGCGGCGGGCGGGCAAGUUUCCUGCGGACCCGCCCCCGCCGGCCCCGCCCCCGGGGGCCCCGGGGCGCCCCCCGCACCCCGCCCCGCCGGGAGUUCGGGGCGGGCCGGGCCGGGGCCGAUCCCGCCCCCCUAGCCCUGGGCCUCGGGC